GGCCCGCGCCCCGAGGCUCGCCGUGCGUGGGAGGGCGCGGGCGACCAGCGGCCGAGCCCCCGAGGAGGAGCCGCGGCGCGGGACGCCGGGCCGCGCCGGCCCCGGCCCGUCGGCGAGAUGCCCUGCGGGGAGGAUUGGCUCAGCCACCCGCUCGGGAUCGUGCAAGGCUUCUUCGCCCAAAAUGGAGUUAAUUCUGACUGGGAGAAGAAAGUAAUUGAAUAUUUUAAGGAAAAGCUGAAGGAAAAUAACGCUCCUAAAUGGGUACCAUCACUGAAUGAAGUUCCCCUUCAUUAUUUGAAACCUAACAGUUUUGUGAAGUUUCGUUGCAUGAUUCAGGAUAUGUUUGACCCUGAGUUUUACAUGGGAGUUUAUGAAACGGUUAACCGAAACACAAAAGCACGUGUCCUUCAUUUUGGAAAAUACAGAGAUGUAGCAGAGUGUGGGCCUCAACAAGAAGUUGAUUUAAACUCCCCACGAACUACCACUUUGGAAAGACAGACUUUCUAUUGUGUCCCAGUGCCUGGGGAAUCUACAUGGGUAAAAGAAGCCUAUGUGAAUGCAAACCAAGCUCGAGUUAGUCCUUCAACGUCCUACACUCCCAGUCGUCACAAGAGGAGUUACGAAGAUGAUGAAGAUAUGGACCUACAGCCCAGUAAACAGAAAGACCAACAUGCAGGUGCCAGGCAAGCAGGGAGUGUUGGUGGUCUUCAGUGGUGUGGAGAGCCAAAACGUUUAGAAACUGAAGCUUCUACUGGCCAACAGCUGAACUUCUUGAACCUCUCUUCUCCCUUUGACCUGAAUUUUCCACUGCCAGGGGAGAAGGGCCCUGCAUGCCUUGUGAAGGUCUAUGAAGACUGGGAUUGUUUCAAAGUCAACGAUGUUCUUGAGUUAUAUGGUGUCCUAUCUGUGGAUCCUGUGCUAAGUAUACUGAAUAAUGAUGAAAGGGACGCCUCUUCGCUCCUGGACCCGAUGGAAUGUGCAGACGCGGCUGAGGAGCAAAGGGUGCACAGCCCUCCUGCUUCGUUAGUGCCAAGAAUUCACGUGGUGUUAGCCCAGAAGUUGCAGCACAUCAAUCCUUUACUGCCUGCUUGCCUUAACAAGGAGGAGAGCAAAACCUGUAAGUUCGUUUCAGGUUUCAUGUCUGAAUUGUCUCCUGUCCGAGCAGAGCUGCUUGGGUUCCUCACACAUGCCCUUCUGGGAGACAGCUUGGCCGCUGAGUACCUGAUACUGCAUCUCAUCUCUACAGUGUAUACAAGAAGAGAUGUUCUUCCACUGGGAAAAUUCACAGUUAACUUGAGUGGUUGCCCACGGAAUAGUACCUUCACAGAACACUUAUACCGGAUUAUUCAACAUCUUGUUCCAGCAUCUUUUCGUCUGCAGAUGACUAUAGAGAACAUGAACCGUUUGAAAUUCAUCCCCCACAAAGACUAUACAGCCAACCGCCUGGUCAGUGGCCUCCUCCAGCUCCCGAGCAACACUUCCCUUGUGGUUGACGAAACCCUCCUAGAGCAAGGGCAGCUGGACACACCGGGUGUUCAUAAUGUGACUGCCCUGAGCAACCUAAUAACUUGGCAGAAGGUGGAUUAUGACUUCAGUUACCACCAGAUGGAAUUCCCCUGCAAUAUUAAUGUUUUUAUUACUUCGGAGGGGAGAUCACUCCUACCGGCAGACUGCCAGAUCCACUUACAGCCCCAGCUCACCCCCCCAAACAUGGAGGAGUACAUGGACAGCCUUCUGUCCGCCGUGCUGCCCUCCGUGCUGAACAAGUUCCGCAUCUACCUGACCCUUCUGAGGUUCCUGGAUUACAGCAUCUCCGAUGAGAUAACCAAGGCAGUUGAAGAGGACUUCGUGGAAAUGCGCAAGAAUGACCCUCAGAGCAUCACUGCUGACGAUCUCCACCAGUUGCUCAUUGUAGCUCGGUUUCUGUCUCUCAGUGCCGGUCAGACCACACUGUCAAGAGAGCGGUGGCUCAGAGCAAAGCAGCUAGAGUCUUUAAGAAGAACCAGGCUUCAACAGCAGAAAUGUGUGAAUGGAAAUGAACUUUAAAGAUCUGACACCUAGGAGAGUAGUGGGCAGAUUGUAGCCACAUUAUUGUAAAAUUCAAAUACCAUUUAUACCACAUUGUUUUGUAGAUACUUUGUAUCAAAAACCAAUGACUUUUCCUGAAAUCAAGCCUGGUAACAUCUGAAGUUUAUAUAAUAUUCAGUAAGGGCUUUUACCUUACUGAUUUUAUGGAGCUUUUGAUUGUUUUAUAAUUACAUAAAUUAGUAACAUGUACAAAAAUGUAUUUGAUAUUAAAAGUUUAAUAUUGAUAAUGUUGCUGAUACCAUUUCCUUAGUUUCAGCCAAGUCAUAGGUCAGACUGUUGAAAUGCUAAUGUCAACUUCAUUUGAAGAAAUUUGUUGGAAUUCCAAAGUCAGAGGAGUUGUUCAGAUUUUUACAAUGUCUUUCCAAUUAAUGGUGGGUCUGAAUGUGUUUAGUGGUCCAAGUUUGGGGAAUGGGGUAUAGCUGCCAUUAAUUCACAUGACUGUGAAAUUCUGUAGUAUCAUUUCCCGAACAUUUGACCACAGAAGUUUUUUUUCCACUUAACAGUUGUUAAUAACCUGCAAAAUUAGUCUUUACAUGGCAGUGGUUCCCAGACUUUUGGAUUUCAUGGACCAGUAACAUUUCCAAAAAUUUGGGGGACAGGGUUGCCAAUGUAUUUUGCCAAGUAAUCUGAAAGAAACCACUGUAUUAUCACCAUUUUUUUUUUCAUAAAAGGACAGUCUCCGAAUAAGACAGUCCUUUAAAUGGAAUAAAUACAGCUUUUUUGGAA